CUACACGGCAGUAUCUAAAUCCAGUUUUCAAACCGGAUUAAUUCCCUCCCCUCCGCACGGGUUUCAGAGAAGUCGUGAAAGUUGGGAGACUAAAUAGGGGAUUAAAAAAAAAACUUAACAAAGGGGAAACUGCUUAAGCUCUUUCUAGGGUUUAAUAAGUAUUGCUGUAAUUAUAUUACGUCUGCACCUGCCAUUUCUCUCUAGGGUGUGGCUGACUUCUCAGCGCUGCACUUCCACUCUCCAAAAUAGUGGCUUCUGACAGGGCAACCAUGGCGGGGCCGCUGAGAUGCCUUCGUCAGUUGGCUCCCUUGCUGUGUUACUCCGCUUUGGGGACUGCAAGACCGUCCCUGCAGGCCCCUCUGAAGCUUGGGGGCCUUUUGCUGCCUGGCUGCCAAGGAACCUGGGCCCACCAUCAGACGGCGCAGGCCCGGCACCUCGCUACCAAGAAAGCCAAAGCUAAAGGGAAAGGCCAGGCACGUGUGAACAUCAAUGCCUCUUUAGUCGAGGAUAUCAUCAGCUUGGACGAGGUAGACAAGGACAUGCGCUCUGUGGUUAAAGCCCUGCAGGAGGAUUUCAGCAAAAGCUUGAGCAUCCGAACCUCGCCAGGGGCUCUCGACCACAUCAUCGUUACAACCAAGGAUGGGAAGUUUCCUCUAAACCAGCUUGGGCAGAUUUCCCUGAAACCCCCUCAGCUCAUCCUUGUCAACAUGAGCAGCUUCCCAGAAAGCGCAGCUGCGGCUCUCAAGGCGAUCCAAGAGAGUGGAAUGAACCUGAACCCGGAAGCAGAUGGCCCGAUCAUUCGCGUGCCUGUUCCUAUGGUCACCCGUGAGCACAGAGAAAAUUUGGUCACAGUGGCCAAGCAGCUCACAAACAGAGCCAAGGAGUCUCUGCGGAAAGUGCGUGCCGGGGCCAUCAACCAGACAAAAAAGGCCAAAAGCUCCGUGUCGGAGGACACCAUCAAGUUGAUAGAGAAACAGAUCCAGCAAAUGGUAGAUGACACAGCAGGCGAAAUGGACACGCUGUUGGCAGCAAAGACAAAGGAGCUGCUUGGAUAGCCCACGCCAGGCCGGAGUGCCAGUUGCUGGUGGUUUCAAGCUGCCUGUUGCCACCGGCGGCUUCCUACCUGCUGCUGGACUGUCACAGCGUGACUUUUCAUGGUCCAGUGUGUUUAAGGGUGAGACUCUUUGGAUCGGAUACCAUGCCUUGGAUCAAGGCACGGCGUCUGACUAGCCCUGCUGCCCGCCAAGCCUGCCUUUGACAUUGGCCAGAAAAACAGUUCUGCUAGGCUUGCCAUCCAGCAACUUUCAGGGCAACUGGGCCUGAAUAAAUGAAUUUGGACAAGAAUGGAACCCCACAGGAACUUGGAAAAACAAGACCACGCAGAGAGACCGUUCUUGGCAAGAGAGCACUUGGGUUGGAUGAAAGAGAAUUUUGUCUUGGAAAAAUCACAGUUUAGAUUGUUGUUGCUGCUCUGGUCCUUUGUAUCUUGUAAAUUAAAUAAAACAUACCAGCAGCUAUGAA